AUCUGCUGCUGAAAGGACGCUGCCACGUAAAACUUCAAAAGACUAUAAAACUCGAAACACCAACCGUUCGUUACGUCACUACGAAGAAGCGACAACAUGCGGCUGGUUUUGGUUCUGUUCUGUUUUCUGCUGGCGCUUGGACUCACAACUGCUGAGGUGUGCAACAAUGGAGGCGAAUACAAUGUUUUAGACGGAGGCUGUGCGUGUUUGGACGCACAUUAUGGUACAAAAUGUGAAUUUGACUGCCGAGUCAACUGGAUUCGAGCUGUAGGAUACAAAUGGCGCAGGACUUGCUUAUCGGAGAAUGUGAAGAAAAACUGCAGGAAGAUAUGUGGUUUAUGCAAAGGAGCCAACUGCAAGGACAAGGACUGGAGUUAUUGUAAGGACAUGAUCGUUCGUUCAUCUGUCGGAGCAACAAAGAUGUUGUGUAAAGCAGCGAAAGGCGAAUGCCCGAAACAAUGCAACUAGAAUAAGAAAACUGAAAUGAUAUUUACAAAAUAUCGGAGAGAUCGAAAUUGAAAAAUGGAAUAUUAUCGACUUCAACUAAAAGCUAUAAUCAUUGUAAUGUCUAUGAUAUUGACACAUUAAAUAAAAUAAUCUCAGCAGU